AUGGUUCAACAUAUAAUCGCGCGCCAUUUCGACGAUAAAGAUAUUAAAUGGUACGAAUGUGAAAAGUGCCCGUAUAAAGCAAAACUUAAAGCAACUUUGAAGGAUCACACGACCGCGGAACACUCAGACGGGCGCGAGAUUACGUGGUACGAAUGUGCCAAGUGCUCGUUUAAAGCUAAGCAGAAGGGGAAUUUAAAAAGUCACAUAACCGCGUACCACUUGGACGAAAACGAGAUUAAGUGGUUUCAGUGUGAAAAGUGCAACUUUAAAGCUAAGAAGCAAUUUAAUUUGAAGAAGCACAUGAUUGUGUGGCAUUUGGAGGAUGAAGAUGUUAAUUGGUACGAGUGUGAAAGGUGUCCGUUAAAAUCUAAACCUAAAUCGUCUUUUAAUAGACACGUCAAUGUGCAUCAAAUCAAUCAAUAA